GGCUGCUUCUCUCUCUCUCUCUGCCCCCCGUGGACUCUUUGCCCUGCCCCCUCCCAGCCGUCUUCCCUGCCUGGCCUUGGUCUCUCUCUCUCUCUGUGUCUCCGUCACCUUCAUGCCUGUGCCAUCUCUCUCGCUCUCAGUCUCUAUCAACUCUGCUCUGUGUCCCCCUGGGGAAAGUGGGGGCACCUCCGCCUGAGCCCCCUGCCUAAGUUCCCUGCUGGGACGGGAGCCACUUCACCCCACACACACUCCCUGAAGCCCCUCCAGGACUCCAGCCUGGCUGCAAACACCCAUCCUGGACUUUGCCUGGCCCUCCAGGCUCUGCUGGGGGAAGCGACCUGAGAGGUCCCUGCCUGGGCUGUAGGCAUCUCGAACCCUCGGCCCCCAUGGACCCCCUGAGGCGCUCCCCCUCUCCCUGCCUGUCCUCGAGGCCCUCCAGCCCCAGCGCCCCACCCUGCGAGAUGCUUGGUCCUGUGGGCAUUGAGGCUGUGCUGGACCAGCUGAAGAUCAAGGCUAUGAAGACGGGGUUUGAGUUCAACAUCAUGGUGGUGGGGCAAAGCGGGCUGGGCAAGUCCACGAUGGUGAACACGCUGUUCAAGUCCAAAGUGUGGAAGUCAAAUCCACCGGGCUUGGGGGUGCCCACACCCCAGACACUGCAGCUGCAUUCAGUGACCCAUGUCAUAGAGGAGAAGGGUGUGAAGCUGAAGCUGACGGUGACGGACACGCCCGGCUUCGGGGACCAGAUCAACAAUGACAACUGCUGGGACCCCAUCCUGGGCUACAUCAACGAGCAAUACGAGCGGUACCUUCAGGAGGAGAUACUCAUCACCCGCCAGCGCCACAUCCCAGACACCCGGGUGCACUGCUGCGUGUACUUUGUGCCACCCACUGGGCACUGCCUGCGGCCCCUGGACAUUGAGUUCCUGCAGCGGCUGUGCCGGUCUGUGAAUGUGGUGCCCGUGAUUGCCCGGGCCGACAGCCUGACCAUGGAGGAGCGAGAGGCCUUCAGGCGCAGGAUCCAGCAGAACCUGAGGACCCAUUGCAUCGACAUCUACCCCCAGAUGUGCUUUGACGAGGACAUCAAUGACAAAAUCCUCAACAGCAAGUUACGGGACCGAAUCCCUUUUGCAGUGGUAGGGGCUGACCAAGAGCACCUGGUGAACGGGAGGUGUGUCCUGGGCCGGAAGACCAAGUGGGGCAUCAUUGAAGUGGAGAACAUGGCGCACUGUGAAUUUCCUCUCUUGAGAGACCUGCUCAUCCGCUCCCACCUCCAAGACCUGAAGGACAUAACCCACAAUGUCCACUACGAGAACUACCGCGUCGUCAGACUCAAUGAAAGCCACCUGCUGCCCCGCGGGCCCGGCUGGGUGAACCUGGCCCCGGCCUCCCCGGGACAGCUGACCACACCCCGGACCUUCAAGGUCUGCAGCGGGGCUCAUGACGAUUCUGACGAUGAGUUCUGACCACCGGCUGAUCCCGGAGCUCCUGGGCUUCCUGAGUCCCCAGUGGCUCUCAACACACACCUGUGUACCAGAGCAUCUAUUAAAUGUGAGCCUUGCUUUUUAUGAAAAGCUGUACUUUGAAAACAAAAGGCAUUUUGUAAAUGACUUCUUUGAGCUAUCCACAAAUAAGAAGGCUGGGUCUCACUCUGUUACCCAGGCUGGAGUACAGUGGCGC